AUGGAGGCCAGGGAGAGCAGCAGCAGCGGCGGCGAGGCUAGGGUGUGCGGGAGGGGAGUAGCAUUGUAUUUAGGCAUGCAUGGGAGGGCUAUGAAGCCGGUGUGCAAACCCAGUGCGGAUAGGAUCACCAACCUUCCUGCGGAUGUGACACUGCGGAUUCUCGAGCUCUUACCUGUCAAAGAGGCUGCGAAAAUGGCCGCAUUGUCAACGACGUGGAGGAGCCACUAG